GGAACUAAAGAACAUACAGGACAAGACUGAAGAUGUAUUUUCAUUACUUAAUCUGCCUCUGGAUUCCGCUCUCCUUUAGUGUCUCUGAAAUCCAUAACCCAUGCCAUAAAAUCUGCUUCUGCACAGAAGGGGCAAUGUUUGUGAACUGUUCAGGAGUCAAUGUCAGCUCCAAUCUCAUUUUUCCUCCGGAGGCAGAACACUUGGAUCUGUCAAACAGUCAGUUACAUUUUGUUCCAAGCAAAGGUCUCAGAUCCCUGUGGAAGUUACGGGUUCUCCUUCUGAGUGACAACUACAUCAGGAGAGUUGAAGAGAGAGCGUUCAUCUCCCUGGAGAGACUCCAUAAGCUUGAUAUUGGUAGAAAUGAGAUCUCCUUUCUUGGAAACAGCUUUUCAUUGGGUCUCGUUAGUCUCUAUGAACUCACUUUGGCCUACAAUAGGCUGCAGGAGCUACAGUACAAGAACUUCAAGCACUUUGAAAGUCUUCAGAAGCUCAAUUUGCAAAAUAAUAAUAUAUCAUUGAUAGAAACGGGUGCAUUCCGCAGUCUCACCUGCUUGAGGCAACUUUGUCUUCAGAAUAAUCACCUUCGUAACCUCAACAAUGGAGAUUUUUCUAUGCUGCAACACUUAGAAGUUUUGAACUUGGAGGGCAACAGAAUCAAAACCAUUGGCCCUGGAGUCUUUACUUCUUUAAGCAGCCUCACAACACUUAACCUGGUGCACAACCAAAUUGAACAUAUUCGAUUCAAGACAUUGUUAUCUCUCCAGACCUCUGGAACUCACAUCUUGCUCUCGGACAAUCCAUGGUUUUGUGACUGUGACCUUCAGAGGGUUUUUGCUAAGCUGCACAGUGUCAGGAGGCUGAUCCUAGAUGACUAUCACAAUGUGAGGUGCAUGGAGCCCCAUAUCCUGAGAAACCGUCCUCUGUCAUCUGUGGACAGCCAGCUGUGCAUUGCAGAGACAGUGACGGUUCUUGUCAUAACUUUCACAGUCUUUGUUACUGUGGUAGCUGCCAUUGUCAUGGCUGAAAGGAACAGAAAGAAGAGGACAGGCAAGCACUGGAGUGAGGACAGCAAAGUCUCCUAUGAUGCUCAUAACUGAAGCAGCACAUAUUGAGGGUACCUUUUCGUCUACUUAGAGUUAUGAGGUUUAGUAAUUCCCUUCAGAUUUUGCAUUCUCUCUUUCCUUCCGAGAAGUUUUUGAUUAUUUCCAAAGCAUAGUUCACCAUCACAAGAAGGAGCAGAAAAUGUAGGCAUGUAGCUAUAAAUAUGUACUUUAACAGAGAAAACUGCUCUAGCAAUUCCAGGUUACUAUAAAAAAAUGAAAGUAUGCUACCGUAAUUAUAUUCCUGCUUCCUCCAUUGGAAGAAUGACCCUCGGGGUCCCUUCCAUCUCUAUAAUUCUGUUUCUGGGCUACUUUCAAUAACAGAAGGUGGGCCUAGAGAAACUAGGCGUGUUUAACUAGAUGUGUUAAAUCUCUUCCCUUAAAGAGACUUUUAAUAUUCCAGUGCCUGGCAUAUGUUAUUCUCAUGGAUGCUAGCGUAUUUUACAUUACAUCUUGGUUACAGAUGGAGGAGAAUUCUGCUUGAUUUGCAUUUUUAAGCAAAG